CUCUUCAAUCUAGUGAUAGCAGCUCUCUUGAUCCUCUCUUCUUGUACAGCAAAUAAGCUGGCCAUUGCAGCUUCUGGGGCUAUUCAACUCCUCAUUGAGUUCCUCAAUUCAGAGUACACCAAUGACAACAACCACCAAGAUAACAACAACAACAACAACAACAUCAUCAUCAGCAUCCAAGCAAAGCUCGAUAUCAUGGCCACUCUCCAUAAUCUCUCUACUUAUCAUCAAACUAUCCCCUCAAUUGUUCUAUCUGGUGUGGUAGUUUCUUUGGUUCAACUAAUCUGUGGCUAUGAAAAAUCAUCAGAGUUGGUUGACAAGGCAAUGGCAUUGCUCGAAAGAAUUGUUUCUUCAUCAGAGUCUGCUCUAACGGAGGCUGCUAGCACAGGUGGAACGAUUCAGGCAUUGGUUGAGGCUCUUGAGGAGGGUUCACCCCUAUGCAAAGAGAAUGCAGUGGGAAUCCUAGUUCUCAUAUGCCAAAGCUGCAGAGAGAGAUACAGAGGGAUGAUUUUGAGGGAAGGAGUGAUGCCGGGGCUGCUUCAGUUGAGCGUGGACGGAACAUGGAGAGCUAAGGAAAUGGCCCGUGCUCUGCUACUACUUCUAAGAGAUUGCUCGAGUCAUCAUCAUGGCUGUUCGAGAAACAAACAAUGGAAGAAUGUGCUUUUGGAGCGGGCUAUGGAACAAAUUGAUGCAGAUGAGAGGGUGGGCACAGCACUGAGGCUGGUGGAGGAGACGAUUGCGAAGCUCAGUGCUUAAUGAUUAUUCUUUCCAAAAAUUAUACAUGUUUUAGUGUAGGUGACGAGCUUUUUUUAAUUUUAAGCUUUUGUGUUUCAUGCAGUGGUUCUGAAACUGGGUUAUGCUUGAACACUCGUUGCAUUAUAGUGAAAUUGGGAUUCUGGAUGUAUAUAUGAUUAGUUGGUUUAGGUUUCUUUUGCUAAUCUUUGGGUUUGAAUCAUUUUUGUUAUUUGACAAAUGGUUUUCGCUAGUGAGGUUAGAGGUUCAAUUAUCCCCACUUUAUGUUUGCAUUUCUUGUGUGAUUUGUGUGAUGUGUGGUAAUAUAUUUUUGGAGACCAAGAAUGACUUGAAUUCUGUGUCUUUUUUUCUUUUUCUUUUUUGUAAUGAUCUUACUAAAUCACAGCAACAAACAUUAACAAUCGAUAUAAUCUCCAAAGUUUAAAAUACAACCUAAAUAACAUUAAAAUAGAAUUACCAAAACAAAAUUAUUCUAGUGAAAAAAAUGGAUAACAAUCCUAAUCCGACGCAAAAGGGAUCAGUACAGCACGCACAUGAUUGGAAGUUGGGGACUCUCAGAUCUUUUAUAGAAUCGAGGCUACUGAAACCAACCCAACCCAACACAAUCCAAUCCAAUCUAAUCCCUACAAAAAUCAUAUAAAUAAAGCCACAUUGAUUGAAGGCUUCCUCUUCACUCUCUGAUAUCUUUAUGGAUAUUGCAUGUAUGGAUGUAACAACCUUUCUCUUAUUCUCAGUAGCAAUUCCUGGCCACCCACCCAAUAUUGAUUCUUCUGCUUUUUCCUCUUUUUUUCUCCACUCAACCCAAUCACUAAUCCAGAUCACCAAAGUUUCUUUUCUUUACUUUUCCUUUCCUUUUUUUUUUUUUUUUUUUUGGUUAAACAGCUAGACAUAUAAAAUCAAAAUCAGUAAAUAAAAAAAACAGUAAAUAAAUGAAUGAAUAAACAUGUAAGAAACAUAAAGAAAUACCAAAGAAUAUAUACACGAUCCAAAUCUAACAACCUUGUGAUGAUAUCUAGGGGAUUUGGCCCUUCCUAUAUAAACCAACUGAAGGACGGACUGCAUUUCUUUUCUAUCAGAAGUAGACUACAACAAUCUAAAUUGGAGAUAUUCUCUUGAAUGUAUAAUGUCAAAUUUAGUUCAUUUCAAAUGGAUAAAAUCCAAACACAACCUAACACUAGACAAAAAUACAACAGGAGGAGGUGCAGCAUUCCAGAAUUUACACUGUCGGCCUUUCCUACCAAUGACCACCUUGCUAUGCUGCAAACGCAAACCCAACAUAGCCUUGACGCGGGGACCUUGUCUCCACUAUCUUCCCAAAUCUGCUUUCCAGGCAUACAAUCUUGCCUUGACGGGGACCUUGGCUCACAAAAUAACUUUCCGGGCCAAAGUGAACAAAAAUAUAAUCUUCUUACAGAAACUUUCAAAAACUCCUACUCUAACAGCACCUUCCAAUUGUAGACCAUAGUCAAAGUACCCAUGUUCGAUGUAAAGAUUCCACAAUACAUUAAUUACUGAGCAACUAAGGUAAACUAGCCAUUCUAGUUUCUCUAAUUACUGCUAAGCUUAACCUGCACCUUUUUCUUUUCCAGAGUUCAGGAUGGAAAGGAAAGCAAAAAACACCAAACAGGAUUUUAAUACACCAAUAAGUACCUUUUUUUUUUUUUACAAGUACAAUAAGAUGACCAACUAAAUUGACUCUAUUGUACAGAUACCCUGUCACAAUUUGCUAAGUAUUAACUCCCUUCCAACAACUAUUUUCAUAUGCAUAGUCAACACAUAGCAUCUCUCAUUGUAUCUCGAUCAUUAUCCUCUCUUUAUACAAACCACACCUCAACUAAUGGAAAAAAGAUCAAUCUAAUCAGCUAAUAGCAGCAAUAUCACAUAGAUACCAACCAUAAGUACCACAACAGAGUAGCAAAUUUCAGCAUCAAUACACACCAUUCAAAUACUGUGUACAGAAAAGCAUCUUCAGAGAUGGGUAGAAAUAAAUCACAAGAGAGGCAGCAA